UCAUUUGCUUUCCAUCCUCACACUGUUCCAUACAAAGCGUUGGCUCCAAGAUCUUACAGACUGGAGUCUCUAUGUGGGGUUCUGUGCCUUUCGUUCCUCUCCUCUAUAAUUCUGCAAAUCCUCUAUCCCACAUGUGGGAUUCCUACCCCCCUUUCCAAUGUCUUUACAAAGAGGCCAGAUUGUUCAGUAGCCCAGUGGGUCUGGCAGAGGGAAGCCGCUUGGCUCCUGCACUGUCUGUGCCUCCUCCUGCCCGUCUUUUAAAUUUCACAUGGGUUAAUUCUAUAAGUAUUUGCCAAGUCUCUGAAGAGUUUAGUAAGACGUAAUGCACAGGAGGGGAAAUAAAUACAGGGAUUAUUGGUGCAUUCGCUUCGGUGUAAUCUAUAUCUAGGUUAAAGAGAACCUCUCAGGGUUUGGUUAUGAGCAGCAUGGGGUGGAGGUAUUCUGGGCAUGCUACGGGCAUUGUCUGGGGGCCUACUUGUUCCAAUGAAGGUUACGGAAAAAAUACUACACCGGUUCUAUCAGAAUUUAUCUCAUCUGUCCGUAAUGCCAGAUAUAGCAAAUCGAUGUCAAUGUCAUUACGGAGAUUUUUUCCUGCCAGGGCUUUCUCUUUCACAGUGGCAGCAUUUGAGUUAACUUCAUUAUGUUUGUGGUUUCACAGGGCAUGGAGGGCAGAGUGCCAGAGGGGCCCUUUUGGAAGCAAGGCCCCAUCUCUAUGACUCCCUCUGUCUGAGGAGGGAAUGGUUUGUCCGGGGAAGGUGUAGGACCUGCCUCCAUGUGAACACGGCAGUGUCUCAUGAUCCUCGGGCAACUGGGGGCGGAGCCCACCUUGGUCUCUUCUGAUUGGUUCUGGAUGGAAUUACGUUGAAUGGACCAGAAUCUUAGCGGGCUGGACUGCUUGUCAGAGCCAGAUGAAAAGAGGUGGCCGGAUGGGAAGCGAAAAAGAAAGAAUAGCCAAUGUAUGGGAAAAGGCGGCAUGUCAGGUGACAGCUCGGUAUCUCUGCUCUCUGCAGGGUAUAUCCCUAGCUACUUGGACAAAGAUGAGCCGUGCGUGGUGUGCAGCGAUAAGGCCACAGGUUACCACUACCGGUGCAUCACCUGUGAGGGCUGUAAGGGCUUCUUUCGCCGCACCAUCCAAAAGAAUUUGCACCCCUCGUAUUCUUGCAAGUACGAUGGCUGCUGCAUCAUCGACAAGAUCACCCGGAAUCAGUGCCAGCUCUGUCGCUUUAAGAAAUGUAUCGCUGUGGGCAUGGCAAUGGACCUUGUCCUGGAUGAUUCCAAGCGGGUAGCCAAGCGUAAGCUGAUUGAAGAAAAUCGGGAACGGCGUCGGAAGGAGGAGAUGAUCAAGACUCUGCAGCAGCGGCCCGAGCCGAGCGGCGAAGAAUGGGAGCUGAUUCGUAUCGUGACAGAAGCGCACCGAAGUACCAACGCACAGGGCAGCCAUUGGAAGCAGCGCAGGAAGUUCUUGCCUGAAGACAUAGGACAGUCUCCCAUGGCAUCAAUGCCAGACGGUGAUAAAGUUGAUCUGGAAGCUUUCAGUGAGUUCACCAAAAUAAUCACCCCUGCGAUUACUCGGGUGGUGGACUUUGCCAAGAAACUGCCUAUGUUCUCUGAGCUACCUUGCGAAGACCAGAUCAUCCUGUUGAAAGGAUGCUGUAUGGAGAUCAUGUCUCUCCGGGCUGCCGUGCGUUACGAUCCAGAAAGUGAGACCCUAACACUGAGUGGUGAGAUGGCAGUGAAGCGAGAACAACUAAAGAACGGAGGGCUAGGGGUGGUAUCUGAUGCCAUAUUCGACUUAGGACGAUCCUUGUCUGCAUUUAAUCUCGAUGACACUGAAGUGGCUCUGCUGCAAGCUGUCUUGCUCAUGUCCUCAGACCGAACCGGUCUGAUCUGCACAGACAAGAUAGAGAAAUGUCAGGAGACGUACCUUCUCGCCUUCGAACACUACAUCAACCACCGCAAACACAACAUUCCCCACUUCUGGCCUAAGCUCCUGAUGAAAGUGACUGACUUACGCAUGAUCGGAGCUUGCCAUGCCAGUCGCUUCCUACAUAUGAAAGUUGAGUGCCCCACGGAGCUCUUCCCACCACUCUUUCUUGAGGUGUUUGAGGACCAGGAAGUCUGAGUCGCUGUGGACUGGGGUAGAGAGGAAAGGGAAUCGCUUGGCUUUAUUCCAACCUGCCAACCCUGUUAGGCUCUUGUGUCCUGAGGAUAGAGAUGAAUGGCUCGUACAGCUCUUCUAAUGAAAACUGCCAUCGAAAUCUGGCACUAACCAGGAAUGGAUGCUCCCAGGUUGGCGUCAUUCUGCUGCAGAUCACCAUACUGGCAUAUGCUAAGGAAUGCGAAUUUAAGGCUUCGUCUUUUCUACCAUCCAGCAAUCAUAAGAUGCAAGCAGUCACCUCUUUAACGGAUGUUUCGGAAAUCGUUUUGGUACACUAAGACCCGAGAAUUCUUCAUCAUCAUUGUUAUGAUCAUCAUCACCCACUGAAUGUUGCCUGGGUGACAUAAAUGUGCAUAUGGGAAGGGUAAAAGUUAUGAGCAAGGCUAAAUGAUCUGUUGCCUCCCAUAUAAAAUGUCCAAGUGUUUAUUUGUGUGUAUAUAUAUAUAUAUAUAUAUAUAUAUAUACACAAUAUGUUUCAAACAAAACAUUUAAUAUGUAAGACUGAGAAGACAAAGGCUUCAACUUAAGUAGAGCUUGGCCAUAUUAUGCUGAGACAUUUGCAGACUCAGGACCACCAAAUGGCUAUAGAGUCAGCUCCUUCCUUGGCCAGAGCUGCCUUGUACACAUUGUGCAUGUCAACCAACGAAGAAGUGGGGGUCCUCCUCACCUCUGCGUAACAUGCAAAUUGUCCACCUUGUCCCAUUUCUGUGAGCCGAGGAUUUGUUACAGAACAGAGCACUUAGACACUGGUUCUUAGGCGUGGAAUGUAUCUGAUUAUGCUGUAUAUCUAUAUAUACAUUAGAUGCCAUCUGAAACAACAUGCGCUCAACAUCAGUAUAAUACUGGAUGAUCUUAGCCAAGGGUUCAAUAUGUUAAAGGGAAGCUGGUGACAGGUGAAGUCCGCGUCUUUAUGAGACAUAGAUUCAUCAUGGUCCAGCGUAGCAGGUAGCAGCAGGAAAACCAUGGGCUAUUUUACUAAUGGGCUCCAAAAACAAGGGUUAUGUAUUUGUCAUAUUCUAUGUAGAAAGUAGCUAGCAGAACAAAAAUUGUUGCAUAUUUGCAAAUCGGUACUUUGUGUACAUAUGUAGAUAUAUUGCAAAAUCAGAUAUAUCUCAUCCUUCACCUAUACACAGUGAGUUGGGUUGAAUAUUAGACCUUCCUCAUUGAACACUGAGGAAGCUGGGGGUUGUAGUGAUUUCUACACCCGUACACAGAAUUCCCUUGAUGGCACCCUCGAUUUACUAAAAUCACCCCCAACACACCCUCUUAGGUUAAAAAAUUGCACCAAAGUCUCCCCUUUUUUCUCCUUACUGUCCCCAUAACACUGCCAUGCGGAAAAAGCAGGAACCCACUGCAGCUAUACAAACCAAAAAUGAUUCUGAGAAGCACUUUUAAUGCCAUUCAUGCAGAUCUUAACCCUUCUUUGCUGCUCUUGCACCCUACAAUGAAGGAUCUUUUAGCGAUCGGAUCCUACAUGGCUUUAUGAAGUUUCAGGCCUUACUGUAUAGCCAGCAAUGUCUACGUACAAACCCUUUUUUUGAGGGUUGCUUUGCCAAUAUUUCUACAAGAUGGGGAAAGCCUGUUUAUAUUGUAAACUUUUAACUAUGCCCAAUCCCUAUCUUCUUGCACUUUGCAGAAAGCACUUCUUACCAAUGAUGGUUUCCCAUUUAUGUUGAAAUGUUUUCAUUUCCUAAUAAGCUCAAUGAAAAGAAGCACUUAAGUUUUUUUUUUUUUGUUUUUUUUUCUUUGUAGAUUUGAUAUUAUUCAUUUUUUGGACACCUUUUUAAUGAGAUCACACAUGUGUUCUCAAAAUAGCACUUAAAUAAAAACAGUCUCUGGUGUGUACCUACCAGAUGAUCUGUGGUAUCACUGAUGAGGGCAAAACAAACAAUGAAAUCUUCUAAGGCGCACUUCUGAGCUGUAUAUGGUGGAGUCAGCCUAUUUGUGGCCUUAAACAGUAUUGAGGGGACUAUAAUUCUCAAUAUCCUUGAGUCAUUUUACAUAGAGUUCCUAUACACCAACAAUUCUAGUUGUCCUUGGCUCAGAAUGUCUGUCUCCACCAUUUGGCAACAAAGGUGCAAAAAAAUAAGUGUAGUGCAACCAUGUGGGCAUUACUUACACUAUCCAGAGUCCAGUGGGCGGAGUGACUCAGCUGUCAGUCACUGAGUAGGACCUCCCACUUGGGCAAUCAUCAUUGUCAGCAUAGAUUUCAAUUUAUAAAAUACAACUAAAACUAUAUCUCAUUCUUCAAAGCUAUACAGUGAUCCCUCAACUUACAAUGGCCUCAACAUACAAUAGUUUCAGCAUACAAUGCUCUUUUCUGGACCACCGUAAGUUGAAACCAGACUCAAUAUACAAUGUACAGACAGUCCAGAUCUGUGAAACGUGUCAAUGGCCGGAAGAACCGACCAAUCAGAAUGGGCAUUCACUGGUAAAACCCCUGUAUUACUGAAAUUCAUUCACGGACUGGCUGUCUGGUAGCGCCCCCUACAGCACAGGGAGGAACUACAAGUUCUGUACUACUCCUUACCUGUGCCAGGGUUAGUUACCCCUUUGGACACCAAGUAAGGGUGGCUCCAUUUCGGACACUGUGUGUACUGUAUAGGACCCUGAAGAAGCUUCUGUCCUCUACAUAAACCAUUGUUUCCCAACCAGGGU